CGAAAAGCGUGCAACGCAUAAUAUUUUAUUUUAUAUAUGCGUGCGUGUGUGGGUGUAUGAAUAUUUUAGGGAAGUUUUAAGAACGAAACCAGAUUGGUGUUUGCGCCGGCGGUUCUACAGUUACCAUGUCCAGCGCCACCGCCAACAACCACUCCACGGCGCAGUACCGCCCCUACCGCCUCAAAAAGGUCCUCACGAACCACAGUCGCGCCAUAUCGGCGGUGAAAUUCUCCAACAGCGGCCAGCUCUUCGCCUCCGCCUCGCUCGAUGGAACCCUAAUUGUGUACUCCUCGGAAACGCUCGAGCAAAUCUACCAAUUGGUCGGGCAUUCUCAGGGCGUCUGUGAUCUCGCCUGGUCCUCCGAUUCCAUUUCCACGUACAUCUGCUCCGCCUCCGACGACCGGACGGUUCGCAUCUGGAACGCACGCACCGGCGAUUGCGUGAAGACGCUCAAAGGCCACACUGACUUCGUUUUUUGCGUGAACUUCAAUCCGCAAUCGAAUUUAAUUGCUUCUGGAUCGUUCGACGACACGGUUAGGGUUUGGGACGUGAAAACCGGGAAGGCGGUACACGUGAUCCCGGCGCAUAGCAUGCCGGUGACGUCCGUCCAUUUUAAUAGGGACGGUUCUUUGAUUGUCUCAGGCAGUCGUGACGGAACUUGUAAAAUUUGGGAUACCUCAAGUGGAUCGCUACUGAAGACGCUGAUCGACGAUGCGGUGCCUGUGUCGUUUGCCAAGUUCUCUCCUAAUGGGAAGUUUAUUCUCGUUUCCACGCUUGAUGAUAAUCUUAGGCUGUGGAACUACUCAACUGGGAAGUUUAUUAAGUUCUACACUGGCCAUGUGAACAAAGUAUAUUGCAUCAUGUCGGCAUUCUCGGUAACAGGUGAAAAGUACAUUGUGAGUGGAUCGGAAGAUCAUUGUGUAUACUUGUGGGAUUUACAGGGCAAAAAUUUGGUUCAGAAACUGGAAGGGCACACUGACACUGUUAUUUGUGUUACAUGUCAUCCCACCCAAAACAUGAUUGUUUCGGGGGGGCUGGACAACGAUAAGACAAUUAGAGUAUGGGUUCAAGAUUGAUAUGGAGGGAUAGUGGUGAAUAAGUUUUAGUUGCCUUACUUAGUUUUGCCGUGGGAAAGUUGUACUCUCUAUCUUUUGAGUUACUCCUCAUACGCUUUGUUUUAUGAAUAUCCGUGUUUAUGUUUGCAGUUUUUGCCUGAAUCGAUUGAAGCUGAAUUUGUUUCCUUAGUUAAUAUUGAUCCUGAGUCGUAAUUCUCUUAUCUGAAAGGUUUUAUUGAUCACAAAACUUGGUUUCAUUUCUAACCUGAUUUCUUUCGUUAGAUCAUUCGGAACAUAGUAUAGUAGAUAAUAAUCAUUGUGCACUUUUAACUCAGGGCAUGCCAAUGUUGCAUUCUUGGCAAUCUUUUUCGUAUUUUUUGCAUAGAUUAAAAAGACAGGUUAAGAAGAAGAAAUUCAGCUCAAGGUCAAAUCCAUUAUACACAACUAAACAACUACUCAUUUCUCCAUGCACACAAAACCAGAGAAAAACCAUAAGCCUGUGACUCUGUAUCUUUGGUUCUUAGUAUGGCAGGGCAACUGUGAGGAGAAGGUAGAGUUGCAAGCUUUUCUCCGGGAAAACGGGUCCGGAACAAGAAGAUUGCUUUAUCAUGGAUAGUUCCAAAAAGCCAACUAUGGACAUCCCAAUACACUUCAAUGGAAAUCCCAUCCACCGAUAUAUUUUGGUUCCCUCGAAACUUCCACUUAAGGUGCGUCACUUGCAAUACCUUCUUCUUGUCUAUAUACAUCACCAGGGAGUUGUCGAAUUUUUUGCUGUGGUCAUGUUCAAUUCUGAGGUCAUGCAACUCCCCUUUGUCAUGAAACUGUGCUCUUGAAUUGUAUAAUCUCUUCCCAAACACAUGCUCUCUUUUGGCAACGAAAGUUGCUGUUGAAAUGGGAGGUUUCGAAUCGAUCUUUCUGUAGGCCUUGUGCUGUGAAUCUCCAAGAAGCAGGCAGAGUUCCUGAUCGAAGGCAACGGCCAGGUAGAAACCCUCCAGUGGCUCGGGACUGGAACCGAAUUUAGCAGAAGAUAAAUCCCAGUAAAUGUCGACCGUUGCUGAAUUCACCACAAAUCUUUUGAAGCCUUUUCUCUUGGAAAAAAGCCACGGCUUCAUAUCAGCCUUGCAGAGGCACUCGUUAGCCGGGCUUUCGACUGCAAUACUAAGCCCUUGCCCCAUCAGGUACUUGAUCCAUGUUACUGUGAUGAACCCCGAAAAUGUACGAGAGUCAUACUGAUACACACAUGUAACAAGAUUCUGUGGUGCAGAUUUGUUGGCGCUCGAUGACGAUGAUGAUGAUGACGAGUCGGCCACUUGAACACCGUUCUCGCCAAAACAGGAAGGGAAAUCCUUCAUUGUACAUCAAUCCAGGCGACCUUACCUACCGAUUAAUCCACAGGUAAUUAAUUCUUUCUCAGGUUAUAAGUUCUUAGAAGAAGAUGAACAUAUGGUAAUAAGAUGAAAUGAGAUGUUUACCUCCCAAGCUCAAGAAAACAUAAACUUCAAUGCUGCUUCUGGUCCAGAGUUAGCGUUCAUUCUUUUCAAGUGUAGCACUUCUCUUGAAAAUAGGCCUGAGAAGAACUCCUGAAUGGCUGAUUCAAAUUUGAGUUUGGAGAAUUUUUUUUUUUAAAAAAAAGGGGCAGAAGGGCUCACUAGGAGAUGAGCAGUAUAGGACAAGGCAAUCUGACCAAGAAAGAAAAAUAAUAAGCAUGAGUGAGAGAGGAUGCCAGUUGUUAUACUAGUGUUUUUGAAAUCGGGCUACCCCACUCUCUCUCUCUCUCAUUGGAUUGAUUCUUGUCAAUAUUGGAAUUUUUUAGAUCACAUUGGUAGAUGUACAAAUUGGGAAUUGACAGUGUCAAGGGAAGAGCUACAUUUUAGAGAAGAUGCAUUUAUAGAGGGCUGACUAGUGACUGUUUGAGCAGAAAGAUUUAUUAAUGGCUAAUACAAGGAAAGCAAAAGUGGGAAUACUUCAGCAUGCCUAAAAAUGAUCACAAAAAAAGGCUUUAACAACAAGCCAAACUUGCCUUUCUAUCUCUAUUUGCAUUUUAUUAUAGCUCUGAUUAUGAUUCAUUUACACUAAUAGUGGACUUAAAGGUUUGGAGGGAUUAAACUAAACUACUCUGAAUACACACACAAACAUGUAUGUAAUAUACGUGUGUGUGUGUGUGUGUGUGUCCAUUUGUUAGGUGUUGAGUUUAAUGUUGAUUAGGAUGUAUACAUACAUAUUAUAAUAUGUAUUGGAUAAUUCUGUGAUAUAUAUAUAUAUAUGUGUUUACUUUCUAUCAUA